ACACAAACCCCAAACAGAGACCUAGGUGGUGAGGCAACACUAGCGUGCCUAGGCUACAUUUAUGCCUUCCUAGGGAAAUGAAGUAACUUCUCAGCUCCUAGGCAGAUGAAGAAAUUAAAUUAAGCGUUCUCAGCUUCCAAAGGAGCUGGCAGCAGACUGACGUGCCUGUAGUACCACAAUUUGCCCUGCUGGGCUGGGCUCAAUCACACCUGCCAGUAGUUAGGCCAUCAGUUCAUCCAGGUGCCCCAAGAAAGUGGAUUCAGCCCAUUCUCCUGGCCCUCUCUUCGUCUACUAUGUCCUCCAGCAGACCUGACUGUCCCUUUGUGGGGCUGCUGUCUGGAAUAGUUACUGAGUGCCUCCCACCAUGAAGCUAUGGCCCUUGACCGUGAGAGACUGUCUUGGAUCAGCCCGCUCUUCACUAGAAAGCAGAAUGCACUUGGAUCCAUUAGGGUUUGUCUUGGAACCUGGAGAUAAUCAAGGUCCCUUGCAACCAUGAUGAAACCUAGGAUGCAGAUGCUUCUGAUUCUGGCAGUUCUGUUCUUUCUUCUGAUCCAUUUCCACUUCCUAACCUGCAGCAACACUGCCUCCCUGGAAUUAAAACCUUCUCCAGUCCACAUUCUCAUUCUCUCCUCCUGGCGGUCAGGAUCAUCCUUCACUGGCCAGCUUUUCAGCCAGCACCCCAGUGUCUUCUACCUGAUGGAGCCUGCAUGGCAUGUAUGGGUUACAAUGUACCAGAACAGUGCCAAAGUCUUGCACAUGGCGGUGCGGGACCUGGUCAGGUCAGUCUUUCUCUGUGAUAUGUCUGUUUUUGAUGCUUACAUGUCUAGUCAGAAGAAAAAGUCUGAUUUAUUUCAGUGGGAGAAAAGCCGAGCCUUGUGCUCCCCUCCUGCCUGUGACUUCUUCAGUCGCAACGACAUAAUUGCUGCAGGAAACUGCAGAACUCUCUGUGGCAGAUACUCAUUCAGCAAGGUGGAAGAAGCCUGUAAAACCUACAGCCACAUUGUCAUCAAGGAGGUUCGUUUCUUUGACCUGAAGGUCCUCUACCCACUUCUCACCGAUCCAUCCUUGAACCUCAAAAUAAUUCACUUGGUCCGUGAUCCUCGGGCUGUGUUCAGGUCCCGAGAGAAUACAAUGGCAGAACUGAAACGUGACAGUGACAUUGUUGUGGGGUCCCAGAAGACAAAGGGAGAACUGGGACCUUACAACACAAUGCAAGAAAUUUGCAAAAGCCAUGUUGAGAUUUACAAGGCAGGUAGCCAGGCUAUUCCCAGCUUUCUGAAGGAUCGUUACCUGCUAGUUCGUUAUGAAGACAUUGUCAGAGAUCCACUAGGAAAGGCUGCUCAGAUGUAUAGGUUUGCAGGACUCCAUUUCACACCAGAACUUCAGAAGUGGGUGCACAAUAUUACCCACGGGAAGGGAAAAGGAGAACAAGCAUUUGAAACUGGAUCCAGAGAUGCACUGAGCACAUCUGAGGCCUGGAGGAACACGUUUCCCUUUGAGAAAAUAGAGAAAGUGCAAAGUGUGUGCAAGGAUGCAAUGGACUUACUGGGGUACCGGCUAGUUCAGUCUGAAGAGGAACAGAAGGACAUGUCACUGGAUCUUUUGUUUGGCCAGAACAAAUUCUGAAGGCAGAAAAGCUGUUCUCUGUACCUCCUCUCUGAAUGCUGCAUGGUGGAGAACUAUUUACUUGUGCUGAAGGGGGUAGAGGUACCUCUGUGUGUGGGGGGGGGGGUGGGUGUGUGAGGUCAGGUCGAAUAACACAGGAGUGCUGACAGCGCUCACGACAGUUUUACCAGCAGCAGCACAGGGUAGCUUUGCAAAGCUAUAACACAGCCUGGAGUAAUGCAAAUCUGUUAUCCAAAUUAAGUUUGGGGUGUAUGGGAAAGAGGAAUUAUGUGUAGAUGGAAGCAAACAGACUGCCAGAGGAGUGGAAUUGGGUGUCAGAGCUCAAACCCCUCCACAAGCCACAGCUAAGUACUGGAGAAACCAUGUGGAACAACUGCACUGCAGUGGAAGAGGAAAUAUAAAUGGAAGCCAAAGGAAGAGAACAUUCUUUGUCAUGCUGCCACUUGGGAACAUAUAAUGACAGAAGAGAUACAAUGAUAAACAUACGGUGUUUUCUGGAAAGCUCUUCUUCCCCCUCUCCCUUCCCCUUUCCCCCGCCCCUCCCCCCCCCAACUCUAUUCCUGUGCCUGGGCCUUUAACAUUCAUGGCAGUGUUGGCAAAAUGUCUGCAUUCAUUUGCCACAUCAUAGGAAAAUGGAAUAUACCAGCUAUAGUUGUAAAUGAAAACUCCUAAGUCUGCACAUAGGGAUCUAUUUCUGAGACGGGGUGAACCCACUGAUUUUUUUCUAGCUGCCAAAACCAGAAGGAGUUCUUGACCUGGGAGUUCUCACAGUUUAUGUGAGAACGAGAAGAAUUCAUGCUAGUGCUAAGAUUAUAAAGACAGGGUAGGAACACAGAUUCUAUUGAUAUGCAUAGUGAAACUGAAAGAUAGGUUCGUGGCAUUGUAUUAAAAAAAGCUGAGAAGAGAACAGUAAAUUAUUAUAUUGUAUUAUUUAUUUGGUGAAAGUAUUUCCUGUCUUAGAGCAUAUGCCAGGGACCUGAAGGCCCCUGACUAAAGAAUGAUCCUAGGAUGGAACAAAGUAUCCUGACAGUUUUAAGGGAACUGGUAUUUGUGUCUGUAGCUGCAAAUACCUUGUUUUGUUGAGAGAGCUGAUCUUGGUAACUGGUCUUGUUUUUGCAAAGACUUGUUUUGCAAGCAGGUGUUCUUCUUGGGCUCUGUGUCACACAUUGGCCUCAUGGGUACAAAGUGCAGUGGAACAAACUCUGCAGACCCUGGGGAGAAUCAAAGCAGGAGAGCAGCUGCGGUGGGAGAGGGAAAAGUGCCCUUUAAAGGGGAUGCUCUGUUGGUAUGGUCCUUCUCUCUCCUUUUCAGCGGUUUGUCAUCUCUCAAGGGUUGGUGAGUAACGGUACACUUGUCGAGGGAGGUUCUGCUUCCCACUUACGGGAAUUAUCUAAAAAUGGAUGCCUGUAUGAGUGUGUGUAUGUUGACUAACACUCGUAACCCUCUGUGCUGCUCUAAGUGCAUGAUUUGCUCGACUCUGCUCCUGAGCCUUCCU